UAAUUUGAGUCUCUCUCUCUCUCUUCUCUCUUCUCUCUUCUCUCUUUUAUAUCUCAAAAUCCCAAGAAAACGAGGUUAAAGAUCCGUGAUUCUUAAAUUUCGUUCUUAAGAUGGAGACUGCGACUGGAGAAGAAAUCACCAUCGUAUGCAACCACUGUGACAGAGACAUUCCAUCACCAAAUAUUGAUCUGCAUCGUGUACAUUGUGCCCGGAAUUUAGAAAAAUGUAAGAUUUGUGGUGAUAUGGUACCCAAAAAGCAUGCUGAGGAGCACUUCUUGAACACACAUGCUCCGAUAGCAUGCUCGAUGUGCCAAGAGACCAUAGAACGUGAGAUUUUUGACAGUCAUAAAGGAGAAAUAUGCCCCAAAAGGAUUGUAACCUGUGAGUUCUGUGAGUUUCCAUUGCCUGCAGUUGAUCUUGCUGAACAUCAGGAAGUGUGUGGCAACCGAACAGAACUCUGUUAUCAAUGCAACAGCUAUGUAAGAUUGAGAGAAAGAUAUAACCAUGAAACCAAAUGCCCUGGUACUGUGCUGAACAAUGUGGAAUCAUCCAGAAGGAUCCCGAGGGCAGCAGAAGGAGAUGGAAACGGUAGGAGGCGAAGAGAUGGGGACGGUGUUUCGCACAAAAGGCUUUUCUUCACGAUAGCAAUAACAGGGAUAGCUGUCUUAAUAGGAUCGUUGUUCUUCCAGAGGAAGCCUGAGUAGAGAGAGAGGGCAUAGCUUGUGUGUAAUUCUGUAAAUUUGCCUCAAAUCCUUCAGACAGAUUCUAAGGAAGGGUUUAAUUAAUGCUUACCAAGACAGAGAGAUCUGUGCACCCUAAGAGAUUUGUUUGAGCUGAUAUCACCAUGAGACUUGCUUUCUUAAUAUUUUGUUUCAAUAAAAGAGAUUUCAGAUU